AAAGAGUCGCGCGUAUUUUGCGAUCAUUGGCUCGAACCAAUUUAAGUAAUUUUAGAUUUGUUACGGUAUAAAUACCAGUAUUCAUAGAAAAAUAUAUCGCUACAGAUUUUUCGGAAUCUUUUUUUUUAAAGUAAAAUUAAAUUAAGUAAUAAAUAUAAUCUACGUUCAUCGGAGUGAGUCGAAAUGAGAACUUUGAUGAGGUCGGGCGGAGCGGCGGCGCUGUCGGCUUUUCAUCAGGCGCUCGUCGUGAUUCUAAUCAACAUACCGUCGGUAUCGUUUGGCCUGGCACUGGGCUGGGUGUCUCUGGUGAGCGGCGAAGCAGCUGAUGGUGGCGACAAAGGCGCUGUCUUUGCGGCCGUCACAACGUUUUUGGCCUGCUUUGUGGCCGUACCGAUCAGCGCCAAGAUCAUCACAUACGGCAGAAAGUAUGCUGUCAUGGCCGCUUCUGCAUGUUUCGUGUUGUGUUGGUCGCUAAAGCUGGUUUCGGUGACUGCAAGUGAUGGGUGGAUGAUAGGCGGACGGCUAGCGGCAGGGAUCGGCGGCACCGUCGCUUGGACAUUGGCCCCGCUGCUGGCUAGAGAGAUGUGUAGCGAGGGGUGGUGUGGGGCAGCGGUGUCAGCACUGCCGCUGGCUCACAACGCAGGCAUCCUGCUCAUGUAUCUCGCAGCCGAUGCUAGGAUACACCAUAGUACCGUGAUAUGGUCGUGCCUUGGAGUAUCGGUUUUUCAUUUCUUCGUGUUCAUGUUUAUACCAGAGUCGCCCUCGUUUCUUGCCGCCAAAGGAAAGAAUGAAGAAGCCCGCAGCUCUUUAGCGUGGCUACGAGGCCGAUCGACUGAUUCGCCGAAACUCGACGCCGAGUUUAAGACGUUGCCACCCGCCGAGAAAGGAGACGAGUCAUCGCUCUCUCGGGCCCUGGAUUUGUUUCGAGACCGUCAGAGGCGUUGGGCGUUCGCCGUAGGAUUCGUGGCGGUAGUGGGACAAGAGAUGUGCGGAAUACUGGCCAUCACACAGUAUGCCGAGCGGCUGUUCAUGUUGACGAGGGAUCGAGCCGCAGAGGUCUUGAUCGACGCGUCACCAGAGGGCGCGGUGCUGCUGGCGACGCCCGCCAGGCACGCCCUUAUCCUCGGCGCCGUGCAGAUCGUAGCGUCCGCCCUAUCUCUCUAUCUCGUGGAAAGGCUCGGCCGCAGGCCGCUUAUCGUUGGGUGCUCGUGGGCGGUAGGCCUGUCGCUCGGUGGGGCGGCGGGGGCUGUCUGGGCGGGUAAAGCCGAGGUUGGCGCUCUAGCGGUUGCCUUGGCUGUGGCCGUCGACGCCGCCGGCUUGCAGGCCGCGCCCUACGCUCUGUUAUCUGAUAUGUUCGCCUACGAGUAUCGCGGGUGCGCGACGAUGUUGGUGAUGGCCGGCGCGUGCCUGGGUAACGCGAUCGAGGUGGUCAUGUUUCCAGUGGUAGUUGUGCACGGUGGAGUGGCGGCGUCGCUUCUGACGGCCUCGGCUAUGGCGCUGGCGUACGCCAUUUUUGUCACGAUCGCCGUGCCGGAGACCAGGCUCAAGACGCCUGAGCAGAUUUAUGACGCGAUCUGUCCGGCGACAAGUCAGUGUCACAGUGUUAGGGUUAGCAAUAAGUGGAAAAGUGGGACUAAAGGCGAAAAACAUUCUGCUUGUACUAGUUUUUAAGUUAUUAAAGGUUAGAUCUGAAAUAUCGCAAUUGUAUAAUGAAUGUUAAUGUGUUUUUUUAUAUUUACAAGCUUAAGGUAAAUAAGACAAUGUGAAUGCGUAUUAAUUGUUUACUAUGUACAUAUAAAUAAAACAUCUAUAAUAUAAAAGCGAACUUAUUAAGAUUAUGUUAGGUGAACUCCGUAUCGAGUUCGUUAAUUCGAUAUCUCUUUGACGCAAUAUUUGCAGCCAUCGUUGCCAUGACAACGCCACUACUGUUCACAGUUAGAUUGAGGUUGCUUUAUGUUUUCUUUUACAUAUCACUUACUUCAGUCUGAUUUGUUAAAAUCAGCGUAGAAUUAUUGUGUGCUAGUGAUUUUUGACUACGAGAUCUACCAUUUCAUACAAGUCUGUAAGACAUCUACCACCACAAGCAUUUUUGCCAUAUAAUAAUAUUUUGCAUAGGCAAAGUAUUUGCUAUUUCGAAUGCUUGAUUUAUAAUUUUAAUAUUGUGUAGAUUUACUGUAAACACUCUUAAAGCGUUCUUGUUUUUAAGGUCUGUUUUUGGAAACGUAAACCAAGAGCUUAAAUUUAUAUAAGCAAAGCUCAUUAGAUUGGAAAAACGGCUGAUAAAGGCGUGUAAGUACUUUUUUCUAUUU